CUUUUUAUUCAUUCAUUAAUUGUAAUCGUGUGUACACGCCUAAACAUUGAAUAACAGCUUCUUCAGUGAACUGUUUUCUGAGCCGAUCCUUGCACAUGGUCAAUGCGUAAGCCAGAAAGUGCUUGGAGGGGGCACUGUUCUUCUUACUGCGAAACAUACAAUUGAACGUUAAGAAUAAAUGAUAUAAAUAAAAAGAUGUUGCUACGAUUAACCAGAUGUAUUAAUCGAAAAUUGUUGUUAACUUCGAACAUAAAUGCCCCGGUAUCUCAAAGGUUACAGAAAGUAAUUAGAUUCGUUGCAACUACUUCAGUCCAACCUCAAAAUGCAAUUAAUCCAAAACUAGAUGCACCUACAAUAAAUACUCCACAAGUGCCGGCUGAGCAACAGGUUCAGAAUGUAGUAGAAAGCACAACUAAUCCAAUUACUGAAAAAGUUUUGAUAAGUGAAAUACCAGAUAUUCCAAAAAUACCAAACGUAGUAGAAACUAUAACUCAAUUAUAUCCAAAUGGUGAACCAACGUUAGAGAGCUUGGGAUUGGGUGGAUAUUCUCCCUUUGGAAUUGUUCAAAAAGGUUUUGAAGCAUUGCAUGUUUAUUGUCAUAUGCCAUGGUGGGCAGCAAUUCUUGCAGGAACAAUGAUUGUUAGAAUAUUAAUAUUUCCAAUAGCACUUCGUAUACAAAAACAUGCUGUAAAUAUGCAGAAUAAUUUACCAAAACUACAAAAAUUACAGUUAAAUAUGUCAUUAGCAAGAAGGAGUGGAGAUGAUUACCAAGUUGCUAUAUGUGGCCAUGAGUUAUCUAAAUUUAUGAAAGAAAAACAAUUGAAUCCUUUUAAAAGUUUCGGUUUAUCUUUAUUACAACUUCCCAUUUUUCUCUCAAUUCUUAUUGGUUUGAGACGAAUGACAGAAGCUCCAGUUCAAAGCUUAAAAGAAGGCGGAUUAUGGUGGUUUGCAGAUUUAACUACCUGUGAUCCAUAUUACGUUUUACCUAUACUUACUUGUGCAACAAUGUAUAUAUCUAUAGAAUAUAAUCUUAUAUUAACUGCUAAUAUGAGCACUAUGGUAAAAUAUUUUCUGCGUGCUAUGCCAGUCGUUUUGUUUCCAUUUUUAAUGAAAUGGCCAGGGGCUAUUUUAUGUUAUUGGUUAUCAACAAACGUUUUCUCCUUACUACAAAGCAGACUACUAAAAGUAGGUCCAGUAAGAGAGUAUUUCAAGAUUCCAGCAAAUGUCAAACAUGACAUUGAAAAUCUUCCUAAAAAACCAAAAUCUUUCAAGGCAGGCGUAAAAGAAGCUUGGACUAAUGUCAAAAUAAGUAGCAAAAUGGAAGAUAAAAGACGUGCAGAUGCAGUACGGUUUAACGAUGCAGGGAAAGGUCCUUUGAAAAAGACAUUCAAAUAUGAUCCAACGAAAAAACGACCACCAACAGCAGCAGAAAUUUUAACAAAGAGUAAAUAACAAAUGUGUAAAUUUUACAAAUAUAGUAAUAUUAUUUAGUUUUUUAUAAACA